AUGUUUAGACCAUUGAGAUCCAAAUGUCUUACGCUCCAAUCACUCAGACUUGGUACCGGAAUAAGAGGAAUCCACUCAUCCAAGCCGCUGCUGACUUUCAACCUCUCUGCUGAGCAGAAAUGUCGGGAGUUACUGGACUCGUUCAAAGAUUAUGACCACAUCUUCCAGAACGAAGACGGAUCAAGCCGAAAGCCUCCAGAAGAAGAGCUCAAGAGGAUCGCAUAUUUGAAUAGUUAUGCAGGUAGACGGAAUUUAGGAAUUGUCGAGGCUUUCAGGUUGCCGAAAGAGCACCAAAAGUUAUACUCAGCAAACGACAAGGACCUAGCCAAAUUAAAAGCAUCCUCGGGACUCAUCAUUGACAAAAUCCCGUACGAAGAUACUGCUACAGGAGAAAUAAAGUGGAAGAUAGUGAGGGAAGGUGACCAGAAGGAAGGGUGGGAAAAUAUUGCGCAUUAUUUAUUUGUUCCUGGAUGCAUUGCCCUGCUCGUUGCUAUCAUUUGGAGAGACGAUAUGGACGUUUCGGAAUGGGCCAGACGUGAAUUGUUGUACCGGGUGCGCAGCAAGGCGGAGAAAGACAAUGACACUGCUGUUUUGGAUACAUUUGAGAAAUAUGGCAAUCCAGAAUCGUACGAGUUUGAUUACGUUGGCUUCCAAAAAGAUGACCAAAUUAUUGUCGAGAGAAUACUAAGUGGCGAGUACGAUCGCCUCGCCAAACUGAGACGCAGAGUCCAUCAGGACUAG